AUGACACGUAAAUGCACAACUGAGGCAACUGCUAACUGUGUGUUUAUGGGAUUUGUGUUUGUUAACGUGUUUGUGGAUCUGAGGAGUAUCCGGUGUCUGAGAAAUAUCAUCCACUGGAACCUGAUUACAGCAUUUAUCCUGCGAAAUGCCACCUGGUUCGUGGUGCAGCUCACUAUGAACCCAGAGGUGCAUGAGAGCAAUGUGAUCUGGUGCAGGCUGGUCACAGCAGCGUAUAAUUAUUUCCAUGUGACCAACUUCUUCUGGAUGUUUGGAGAGGGCUGUUAUCUGCACACAGCAAUAGUACUGACAUACUCCACCGACAAACUGAGGAAAUGGAUGUUCAUUUGUAUAGGCUGGUGUAUUCCAUUCCCCAUUAUUGUCGCUUGGGCCAUUGGCAAGCUGUACUAUGACAAUGAAAAGAAAGCAGUAAAGGCCACACUGGUUCUUCUGCCGCUGCUGGGCAUCACAUACAUGCUGUUCUUCGUCAACCCAGGCGAGGAUGAGAUCUCACAGAUUGUCUUCAUCUACUUCAACUCUUUCCUAGAGUCCUUUCAGGGCUUUUUUGUGUCAGUGUUCUACUGCUUUUUGAACAGUGAGGUACGCUCAGCCGUUCGUAAGCGCUGGCACCGCUGGCAGGAUAAGCACUCCAUUCGGGCACGGGUGGCACGGGCCAUGUCUAUACCCACCUCUCCGACACGGGUCAGUUUCCACAGCAUCAAGCAGUCGUCGGCCGUCUGACCAGAACAGAAAUGAAGCAUCAGUCCCCGUUUCUUCUGCUCCCGCUCUUUCCGUCCUCAGCUAACCAUCCACAUCCUUUGCAAAACCCAGGGAUAACAGCUAUGGGCCAAACAGGGUAUGAUCCUCAGCUGAAACAUAGAUGAAGGGUGGAAAUGUACAGAGAUAACGAGGUCCACCUGCCAAACACAGAGGGGAAAAAACUGCUUCAGAAUCAGAUUAGAGCAUCGGUGGUCUCAGACGGCAAUGGGAGACCGUGGGAGG